AUGCCUUCCCAGUACGCAUACCACCGUCGAGGCGGAGUCGCGGCGCCUAGGAGGGACAUUGCCACGGCGGUUGCUGCCGUGUCAUUGUUCAUUCUGGCGCUGGUGGGCCUUGCCCAGCUCCGGGGCUCGCACGGGUACGGGUCUGCGACAACGAGGACAAAGUUUGCGCCGCAGGGGCUCCACGGCCAUGGCGACGACCACGCGCUGCAGAGCAAGGCCAGGGCCGCCGCCGUGGGCGACAAGUACCUCGUCGGCGUCGGCAAGGCCGACAUCACGGGGCCCGUGGUCGAGAUCAACAUGGCUGGCUAUGCCAACACGGCCCAAGUCGGCUCGGGCCUGCGUCAACGCCUCUACUCGCGCGCCUUCAUCGUCGCCAACGUCGCCAAGCCCGCCGACCGCUUCGUCUACCUCGUCCUCGACACCCAGUCGGGCGACACGGCCGUGCGCUUCGGCAUCCUCGAGGGCGUCGCCGCUCUCGGUUCUGCCUACUCCGUCUAUGGCAAGCCCAAUAUUGCCGUUACUGGCACCCACUCGCACAGCGGACCCGGCGGCUGGUUCAACUACCUGUUGCCCCAGAUCACGAGCCUCGGAUUUGACAGGCAGGGUUACCAGGCCAUUGUCGACGGCGCCGUGCUGUCCAUCAAGCGGGCGCACGAGUCGCUUCAGGAGGGCUAUCUUGACUUUGGCACCGUAAACAUCACGGAUGCCAACUUGAGCCGGAGUCUGUAUGCCUAUUUAGCCAACCCCGCGUCGGAGCGGGCCCAGUACUCCGACAGCGUGGACAAGGCAUUGACGCUGCUGAGAUUCAGGAGGGCAUCCGACCUCAAAAGCAUCGGCGUGUUCACGUGGUUUCCCGUCCAUGGGACGUCGAUGCUCGGCAACAACACCCACAUCAGCGGCGACAACAAGGGUCUCUCGGCCUACCUGUUCGAGCAGUCCGUCAAGGGAAACAGCCAGGCCGCCGACGGGUUCGUGGCCGGGUUCUCGCAGGCCAACGUGGGCGAUACUACGCCCAACGUGCUGGGGGCCUGGUGCGACGACGGGUCGGGCGCCAUGUGCAGCUUUGAAGAGAGCACCUGCGCAGACGGCAAGUCGCAGUCAUGCCACGGCCGCGGCCCGGCCUUUCAGAAGCUUGAUCUCGGCGUGUCCAGCUGCUACGAGAUCGCUAAGAGGCAGUUCUCGGGAGCUAAGACUCUAUAUAACUCUCUAGACUCUGCCUCGACGGCCGUCGUAGGGCCGACGGUCAAGUCCUUCCAUUACUACAACGACAUGCGGUUCUACAAGUUCUCCCUCGACAACGGCACCACCGUCCAGACGUGUCCAGCAGCACUCGGCCACUCGUUUGCGGCUGGAACGUCUGACUGGCCCGGCGCCUUCGACUUUACCCAGGGCGAUUCAGGGGCGCCGAAUAACCCCUUCUGGUCUGUCGUAGGAGGGCUGCUGCGCGUGCCCUCGGCCGAACAGACAGCCUGCCAAGCACCAAAGCCCAUCCUCCUGGAUGUCGGCGAGAUGAGCGUGCCAUAUGCUUGGAGCCCCAACAUUGUUGACGUACAAACCUUCCGCGUCGGCCAGUUCAUCAUAAUCGUCUCGCCGUCCGAAGCCACGACCAUGGCCGGUCGGCGGUGGCGCAACGCCGUGAAAGCCGCCGCGACAAGUCUCUCCCUGACCAACGGCGUCGAGCCGACGGUUGUCCUGGGCGGGCCCGCCAAUACAUACGCGCACUACGUGGCCACGCCCGAAGAAUACGGCAUCCAGCGGUACGAGGGCGCCAGCACGCUGUUCGGCCCUUGGGAGCUACCCGCCUACAUCAACCUGACGCUCAAGGCGCUGCCAUACCUCGCGCCGACCGCCACCGGCGCGCCGCCGCCCGGCCCCUCGCCGCCCGACAAUCGCAACUCCAGCCUCAGCUUCAUCACGGGCGUCGUGCAGGACAGCGCGCCCAUCGGCUCCAGCUUCGGCGCGUGCACCGCGCAGCCCAGGCCCGCCUACGCGCGCGGCGACGUCGUCAACGCCACCUUUGCCGGCGCCAACCCGCGCAACAACCUGCGGCUCGAGGGCACGUACGCCGCCGUCGAGAAGUUGGGGUCAGACGGCACGACCUGGGCCCAGGUCCGCAGCGACGAAGACUGGGCCCUCGUCUACACGUGGUCCCGUACAAACUUCGUCCUUGGCUACAGCGCGGUCGUCAUCUCCUGGGAGACGAGCGCCGCGGAUGAUGGCGCGGGCACGUAUCGGAUACGCUACUAUGGCGACGCGAAGCCGCUGAUUGGUAGCGUGAAGCCGUUUACCGGGACGAGUAAUUCGUUUAAACUGAGCUAG